AAACAUCCCGGCGCUGUCAGAGUUUUUUUUUCUUUUAGAGUAAAAGAAAAAUCCCGAAAAAAAAUUAAGAUGGGUGAGGUGUCUGCAGAUGCUGUCACCCUGGAUCUGCUGAGAGAAGCCAGGGAGACGGUGAGGAGCAGCCCCCUGGGAGUCAUCAACACUCCCAUGAUCCCCUGGUGCCAGACCACCCUGCCUCUCCACAUCAACUGCAACAUCCACAUCAAACUGGAAAACAUGCAGAGGACUGGGUCCUUUAAGAUCAGAGGAGUGGCCAAUCAGUUUGCCAGAAGACCCAGCGGUGGUCAUUUUGUCACCAUGUCUGCAGGCAACUAUGGGAAGUCGUUUGCGUACGCCUCAAAACACUAUGGGUCAAGGGGCAAGGUGGUGAUGCCUGAAACUGCCCCAGUGUCCAGAUCCAUUCUCAUACAGAGUUUCGGAGUGGAGGUGGAGCGAGUUCCCACCUCCAGUCUGAUGAAUGUGGUGAACCGCUGCAUUCAGGAGGACAACAUGACAUUCCUGCACUCAUAUGAUGACUUGGAUCUAAUAGCAGGACAUGCCAGUCUCGGGAUGGAGGUGCUCGAGGUGAAUUCUGAGCCUGAUGUGGUGGUGGUGUGUUGUGGUGGAGGGGGGCUGCUGGCUGGCGUCGCUGCUGCCAUCAAACUGUCAGGCUGCGCUAAGACCAGGAUCUACGGGGUGGAACCGGAAGGGGCCUGCACCAUGUACAAAAGCUUCAUUGAGAAGAAACCAGUGGGCAUGGACGCUAAGAGCAUCGCCUCAGGUCUUGCACCACCUUUUGCAGGCCGGCUGCCCUAUGAGCUGUGCCAGCGUUACGUGGAGGCAAUCGUCUUGGUGAGCGAUGAGGAGAUCAAGGCGGCGGUGUCCACUCUUUACAGGUCUGGACUCGUGGUGGAGCCGUCGGGCUCUGCUGCCUUCGCUGCCAUUGUUAACAACAAGAUACCCGAGCUGGAGGGGAAGAACGUUGUGUGCAUACUCAGCGGAGGGAACGUGGGAAAAGACGAGCUCGCUAACUUUCCCAACUGACAGACAUCUGGGGUGUUACUGUAUGCAAUUAAUUCUGACAAGUUUGUGCCAAUGUAUGGCUACUGGGCAGGAAAGAAAGGACUAACUGUAUGAUGUACUGAGUGUAUGUUAAUUAUGAUGAAAUAUUAUUUGUUUAUUAAUUAACCAUAAUUUGAAUCUUCAGAAAAUGCAUUUAAAGUGCCACAAUCAAUAAAACAAUCAGCAAUCAAGAAAAAAUCAAUACACAUUUCAUUUCAGUAGAUGGUUUUCUCUAAUGAAUGGAAGUCUUUUUUAAUAAACACCUCAAUCUUAUUAGUGUAUGCAAAAUACUCUGAUAUUUUACAUUUUUGAAUGUUAGAGUUCAUUAAACUUCAGGGUGAUUUAGUGGAAUAAAGAAGCAGUGAGUACACUUCUAUCAAAAGCUGCACCCAGAUGUGUUAGACAGCCAGCACAUUUAAUAUUCUUGUCUUCUUAGCCUGACGGGAUUUGACUGAAAUUUGGCUUGACUCUGAUACUUUCAUGUCAGUGCUGUGAAUGUGGAAGUAUUUUUUUUUAUUAAUCCUCUAGAGACCUUGCUGAUAUUUGGCCCAGAACACUUUGCAUUCAUUAUUCAUCACUGCUUGAGAGCGGCUUUACAUCACUGACCCCUUCUGUAAAAAAAAAAAAAAAAAAAAAAAUCUCAGUUCUCUUCAGUUUUCAGAAAGAAAAAUAACUGUCACAUGGAAGUUUUAAAGGAA